AUGAGGUACUCUUAUACCUGUUUAUCCAACACCACCACUCCCUUCAUUCUGCUAACAAACCCCCGCCAGUUCUUCACCAAACUCGCCGACAUCUUCACCACGCGCAGAACGAAAGCCCACGGCGCCGUCUUCCUAACUCAAAAACGACACCCCCUCGCGGGCCUACACCCGGCACAGCCCCUACCGCUCAUCAUCCGCGCCACCAACGGCAAGGGCAAGGACGACCGGGCGGCCAAGGUGAAGCUGUCGACGGUGGUGGAGCCGGACACGCUGGAGGCCUUCUACGCGCGGUAUGCCGAGGUGUGCAAGGCCGGCAUGACGGCGCUCAAGCCGCGGGACCGGACCAAGAGGAAGGCCAAGGCCAAGAAGAGGAAGGGCGGUGCGGCCGCGGCCGCGACCGCGGCUGCUUGA